AUGUUUUCCCAUAUGGUAAUCUACAGUCUCUUCAGCUACGCAGUAGUUAUAAAUGCGUACACGACAUUCGAUACAACGUGUGCAAUUCCAGCAAAAUCAACCAACUAUAUCUCACCGCCCACCAGUCGAGGAACUCUGAAUAUCCUCUGGACAUCUCUAUUCACAAUCAUCAUCUUUACAUGGGCAAUUCAGCAUCUCAACGUACCCCAACAACGAGCCAAUCGAGAUUCAGGUUUGAAAGAUGAUGUAAAAUGGAGAAUCGGACGCUUCGCAACGAGUCUCAAAUGGAUGAUAGCAACUUUCCUCGCUCCAGAGAUCCUGCUUGCCAAAGCUUGGAGCGAUCUCGAUGUUGCACGGAAACAGCUUGAAAAAUUCAAAGCUUGGGCUGCUGAUGAUGAUGUCGAGUGGACAUUAACUCAUACUUUGUUUGCAAACAUGGGGGGUUUUGUAAUUCGAAGCGAUCCACCAUCAAGUGAGAAUAAUGAUAUCGAGGCCAAGCCUAGCGUUGCCCUUGACAUUCUCGCGGGUCAGACACCACACCCACCUUCGACCGAGGUUUCUACCCCAUUAAUGGAAUCAUCUACCGGAUGCGUGUCUUCAGAUGCCAACGACGCCUCAAUCCGAGUUAAUGUUUCGGAUCCAGGUGCUGCGACUACUACCCCUAUCGAUUAUCCCAAUCCAUACCAUCUAACCGCCAAACAAAUCCUCUCACUUCGACGAUGCGAGCACAUCCGACUUCCCAACAUCACCCUCGAAGAAAUCAACGACAAAAGCAAAAACGACACUUUCAUACGUAUCGUCGCAACCACCCAAUUCCUCUGGAUCGUCGCCCAGCUCAUCGUACGAGCAACAAAAGGUCUAGCAAUCGCACAGCUCGAACUCGCCGCCAUCGCCUUCGCCACCUGCGCCUUCCUCAUCUACAUCCUCAACUGGAGCAAGCCCAAAGCCGUCUCAACACCCUUUACAAUCCUCUCCUACGAAGGACCCAUUCCCACCCCCCUCCUCGAAUUCAUGAACAAAGAUCUCGAUCGUUCAUCUAUACUUGACAUAAUCCUCAACACCCCCUCUAGAUCCCUCACAUCCGGCAUCCCCAUCCCAAACGAUACCAUCUAUCCCUCGUCCGACGAAGAAGAAGCCUGGCUCAUCGGCUUCGAAUUCGGCAGUAUAGUCUUUGGGUGCAUCCACGUCGCAGCAUGGAACUUCACCUUCCCCACCCAUAUCGAACAGAUUCUCUGGUGGUCCACCAGUAUCUGGUGUACGGUAUUCGUACUCAUCUACACCCUGAUUCCCUACUGCGCCAUGAUAUGCUGCGGCGAUAUCCGAAAAAUCGCGAAGCCGAGAAAAUUAGCCUGGGGUGCGGCUCCCUUGUUCUUUAUAUAUGCAUUGGCGAGGUGUUUUUUGAUGGUGGAAAUUUUUAGGAGUUUGUGUUUUUUACCCCCCGAUGCCUUUAUUGCGACGACGAUGGAGAAUUUUCCGUAUUUUGGUUGA